UGUCGGAAAGUUAGACGUACUUAAAAAUAUCAAGUAUGGCUGACGAAUUUCCAACAGAGUUUGAUGUUAUUGUUGUAGGCACAGGUUUAUCAGAGAGUAUUUUAGCUGCUGCUUUUUCUAGAAUUGGUCAAAAGGUGCUUCAUAUAGAUAGAAAUGGUUAUUACAGUGGAAGGUGGUGCUCAUUUAAUUUACAAGCUGUAGACUCAUGGAUUAAUCAGACAAAAGGAGAAGAUGCUUUGAAAGCCACUGAUGCAGAUACAAUUAAAAAUCUAAUAAGUGAUGAAGAAAGUACAAUUGAGCUUGAACUUACAGAUAAAAGUUACAGCCAUACUAAUGUUACAUUUAAUAUUGGUGAUGACAAGACUGAUGAAGAAAGUGCUUUAAAGGAAAAAGAUUCUUCAAACUCUCAGUGUAAAGAAAAAGAAAAUUUAGAGAAAAAUGCAGAAACUUGUGAGAAAGUCGAUUUUAACAAUAAACAGGAGGUUAAAACUAAUAAUUCAGGAGCUGCUUAUAACUGCAGUGAUGUUUCUGAACAAAGUUUAAAUGAUACCAAAGACGAUAGUCAAAACGUGAACCCAGAUGUCAAGGACAAUGUAACAGCUGGGGUUAAGGAUUGCACUACAGAUGUCAAGGGCAGUUCAACUGAUGGUGUCAAGGAUAGUUGUAUAAAUAGCUCAUAUUCUAAAACAAUUGGUGAAAAGAAAGAAUUACCUGAAUCUGUUGUUGACAAUGACAUAAAGAAGAAAGAAGAAAAAUGGACAAAAUCUAGAUUAUUGAAAGAAUGGAGGAAAUUUAAUUUAGAUUUAACACCAAAGUUACUUUACUGUGGUGGAAGUAUGGUACAGCUCCUAAUUACAUCAGACAUUGCCAAGUAUUGUGAGUUUAAAACUGUCACCAGGAUGUUAACAUUACUGGAUGGAAAACUUGAAAAGGUACCAUGUUCCAGAGCAGAUGUAUUUAACAGUAAAGAAGUAUCUAUGUUAGAGAAGAGAAUGUUGAUGAAGUUUCUAACAUCAUGUGCAGAAUAUAAUAAAAAUCCAGCAGAUUAUGAAGCUUUUACAGACAGACCCUUUACAGAUUAUUUGGAAUCAAAGAAACUAACCAAAAAUAUAAAACAUUUUGUACAGCAUUCCAUUGCCAUGGCUACUAGUGAAACAUUAACUCCUGAGGGUUUAGCCAAAACCAAGAAGUUUUUACAUUCCCUUGGACGUUAUGGAAAUACAGCAUUCCUCUGGCCUUUAUAUGGAUGUGGUGAACUUCCCCAAGGUUUCUGCAGAAUGUGUGCUGUUUUUGGUGGUGUUUAUUGCCUGAAAAUGUCAGCUAGUCAUUUGGUUGUAGACAAAGACAAUAAAUGUACUGGUGUGAUAUCAACAGAUGGAAAGAAAUUGACUGCUAAAUAUGCGAUAAUAGAAGAAUCAUCUGUGCCUGUUCCACUGUUUAAUGCUUCCAAUAAAAGGUAUAUAUCCAGAGCAGUGCUGGUUACAGACAAAAGUAUAGUACAUGAUGGUUCACAACAGUUAUCUUUGUUACAAAUACCUAAUAGUGAUGGACGCUACUUAACAACUGUAAUAGAGUUACCACCCUCUUCUAUGUCCAGUCCUUCACCUCUAAAUGUUGUACAUAUAACCAUGGAAACAGAAAAUGAAGAUACUACACCAGAAUUAGAUUUACAAGAUAUUGUAAAUAAACUAUUCCAGACAGAACCUAGUCAAGAUGAUAGUAAGCCAGUGAUAAUGUGGUCCAUGUUUUUCAAGAGAGAAUUUUACUGUGAUGUAUCAGUAGAUAGGACUGUGGUCCCAGAGAAUGUGAUAGUGAUUCCUGGACCAGGGCCACAGUUGGACCUAGAUAUUGUUGUAGACCAGUCAAGAGCUAUAUUUGAGAAGUUAAUGCCAGGAGAAGACUUCUUACCCAGACCACCAAAUCCAGAGGAUAUCAUAUAUAUUGAUGAUGCAGAAAAGGCUGUUAAGGAUGAAAGUAACAAAUCAGACUUUACAGAAUCUGACCAAUCAGAAUCUAUCAAUAAGCCAAAUGACCAAUCACAGUCAGAUAAUUUAGACACCACAGAAUCUAAAUCAGACCAAUCAGAAUCUAUCGAUAUACCAAAAGACCAAUCACAGUCUGAAAAUUCAAACUCAAAAGAAUCUAAAUGUGACCAAUUAGAAUCUAUCAAUAAGCCAGAUAACCAAUCACAGUCUGAUAUUUCUAGCCAAAGAGGAUCAUCAGAUCAAACAGUUACAACUGACAAAGUAGAACCAAAAACAAAAUAAUAUGAAUUUGUAUAUGAGAAAACACUUAUAUAUCAUGUAAUAAAAAAAGAUUAUCAGUCUUUGCGAAAAGGUGCAGAUACUUUAUAAAGCAUUUUCUUUUGGAAUAAGAUUUAAUGAUGUUGAAUUUUUGAACAAUUUUCAAAUGAUGUAAGACUUCAAGAUAUCUUUUAGUUCUCUGUCAUUUCUUAUUAUCUGACAGAAAGUGUCAUGCAUUUGAUUGAACCUUGGUGUCCGUAGCUCAUGAUUCUCAAAGGAAGACAUUUCUAUAAUAAAGAAAAUUUUAGCUUUCUCCGCUACUUAUGCAUGUUAUGUGUAUAUGUUUAUGUAUAAGGUAUGUGAUAUUUAUAAGGGAAUGCUGCAAUAUUUUCGUUUAGUUUAUUAUGUUUUUAAUUGUUACUGACUGUUUGAUGUGAUUGAAAAACUGUUUUGUUACAGUUGUGAAAACAUGUUGUUGAUGAAAAGCAUUUCCUGCAUUAUUUAAUAGUUUUAUGUUAUUGUCUAAAGAUAAAGAGAGGUUUUGUAACCAUUGUUUAUUGAUAUCGAAUUAAUAUCAGAUCAUAUAAAUUAUGGAAAGUAAACAAAUGAUCUUAUUUUUGUUUGUAUUUUUAUUACAUUUGAGUAAUGCAUAACCUAUUUUUGUUGUUCUGAGCUGUAAUUUAUAGUAAGCAUGUCAAUAAAAUAUGAAUUACUA